AUGAGGGGAAUAUUUAGGAUAAGAGGGAAGAAAAAUAUGCCAAAUGAGGAUGAACAGAAUGAAACAAAAAAUAGUGAAAAUAAUUUUUCCAAUUCAAAAGAGGAAAACUCAAAUGUGAACAUAAUUAAAAUAAAGGAUGAACAUAAAGAAGAAAAGAAAGAGGAUGAAUAUUUUAAGGAUGAGAUAAGACAAAAUUUUGAUAAUACAGGUGAUGAUAGUAAAUGUAUAAAAAAUUUUACAAUACAAAAUGGUUAUAAAAAGGGAGAAAAUACAAUGAAUGAAUUGAUAGAUGAAUUAAAUAAUAAUAAUUAUGAUCAAGUCAUAAAUAUAAGAGGGGAAAUGAAUCCAUAUGGAAAAAAUGGUAAUAUAAAUAUCCAAAAUCAAUUUACUAAAGAUGAAAAAGAAAUAAAUGAUAAAAUUGAUGUAUUAUUAGAAACUAGUGAUAAUUAUACUAAUAUGGAUAAUAAAAAUUACAAUAGCUUAUCUAGCGAAAAAAACAAAAAAAAAAUUAAAAUUAGUCCUGCAUUUGGGGAUAACACAAAUUUUGACGAAUUUUCGAAGAAUCAAAAUUAUAACUAUAAUCCAGAUUUGUUGGUAGAAGAAAAAGAUUUAGCAGAUCUUGUUAUAAAAAAUUCUAAACACAAUCAAAGCAUAUAUGAAAAUUCUAAAAGCAUAAAUACAUUAAAUGAAAAAUGGAAAUUAUUACCAGCAUAUUUAAAAGUGAAAGGCUUGGUAAAGCAGCAUAUUGAGUCAUAUAAUUAUUUUAUAAAAAGAGAAAUAAAAACAAUAAUGAAUGCAACAACAAAUAAAAUUAUAAAAUCAGAUAUUGAUGAACAUUUUUAUUUAGAAUUUUUAGAUAUAUCUGUUGGAAGACCAUCUAUAGAAGAAAAUAUGAUAGAAUCAAAUUUAACUCCUCAAAUAUGUAGACAAAGAGAUUUAACAUAUUCUGCUCCGAUAUAUGUAGAUGUAGAAUAUAUUAAAGGUAAUAGUAUUGUUACAAAAAAUAAUGUUGAAAUUGGAAGACUACCAGUUAUGUUAAGAAGUGAUAUAUGUGUAUUAAAUAAUAAAAAUGAAAAUGAAUUAAUGCAAUUAGGUGAAUGCCCAUAUGAUCCUGGAGGAUAUUUUAUUGUAAAAGGUACUGAGAGAGUAUUAUUAAUGCAAGAACAAUUAUCAAAAAAUCGAAUUAUUGUUGAAAUGGAUAUAAAACAUAAUAUAUGUGCCACUAUUACAUCUACUACAGCAGAAUCAAAAAGCAGAUGUGCUAUUGUUUAUAAAAAUAAUAAAUUAUAUUUAAAACAUAAUUCAUUCACAGAAGAUAUAGGGGUUUGUAUUAUCCUUCGAGCUAUGGGUUAUGAAAGUGAUCAAGAAAUAUUUCAAAUGAUUGGAUCGCAUAAGAUGUACUUAAAUGGUAUACUACUUUCUUUAUACGAUUUAUAUACAGAAAAUAUAAAAACCAAUUUAGAUGCACUAUUAUAUAUAGGUAAAAAAAUUCGACCAAGAUUAUUAGCUAAAGGGUUUUUUAGUUCAAUGAAAGAGAAACAAGUAAAAAAUGAAAAAGAUAUAAUUGAAGAGGGAUUAGAUUUUUUAAGUCGUGUUUUAUUAUCACAUAUACAGCAAAAAAGUAAAUAUGAUUUUCGAAACAAAGCUAGAUGCAUCUGUCUUAUGAUUAGGAGAGUGCUAGAUAGUGCAAAUAAUAAAAAUGAAUUAGAUGAUAAAGAUUAUUAUGGUAAUAAAAGAUUAGAAUUAGCUGGUCAAUUAAUAUCAUUACUUUUUGAAGAUUUAUAUAAAAGAUUUUAUUUUACUUUAAAAAAACAAAUUGAUCAAACAUUGAGUAAAUAUAUGCAAAGUAGUUAUAACUCAAAAAUGAAAAAUAAUAGUACCAUUGGUGGAAAUAAUAAUUUCUCUGAUAAUUCGUAUCCAGAUGUAUUUAGAAAUUUACCAAAAGAUAUAAUAACAAGAGGAAUGCAAACAGCUAUAUCUACUGGAAAUUGGAAUAUAAAAAGAUUUAAAAUGGAAAAAAGUGGGGUAUCUCAAGUGCUUUCUCGUUUAUCAUUUAUUGCAUGUAUAGGUAUGAUGACAAGAUUAAAUUCUCAAUUUGAAAAAGGGCGAAAGGUUAGUGGCCCUAGAGCUUUGCAACCAUCUCAAUGGGGGGUACUAUGCCCAUGUGAUACACCUGAAGGGGAAUCCUGUGGGUUAGUAAAAAAUUUAGCACUAAUGACACAUGUAACAAAUGAUAAUGAAAAUAAUGAGAACUUAAUAGAAAUUCUUUAUACAUUAGGAGUAGAAGAUAGUGAUAGUUUAACUGGUGAAGAAAUGUAUAAAGAAGGUGUUUUUUUUGUUGUAUUAAAUGGUAUAUUAUUAGGGGUUCAUAGAAAACCUCUUAAAUUUAUGAAAAGAAUUAGAUGCUUAAGAAGGUAUGGAAAAAUAGGAGAAUUUGUGUCAAUAUAUGAUAAUUUUUUACAUAAUGCAAUUUAUAUAUCAACAGAUGGAGGGAGAUUAUGUAGACCAUUAAUAAUUGUCGAAAAUGGAAAAUCUAAAUUAUUAAAUUCACAUAUUAAAGCAUUAGAAUCUGGAGAAAUAAAUUUUUUUGAUUUAUUAAAAAGUUCUGUGAUAGAAUGGAUAGAUGUAAAUGAACAAAAUAAUUUAUUAAUAGCCUUAAAUGAAAAAGAUAUUAAUUCAAAUACAACACAUUUAGAAAUUGAUCCGUUAACAAUUUUAGGAGUUGUAGCAGGAUUAAUACCCUAUCCAAAUCAUAACCAGAGUCCUAGAAAUACUUAUCAAUGUGCUAUGGGAAAACAAGCUAUAGGUUCUAUUGGAUAUAAUCAAUUUAUUAGAUGUGAUACACUUUUAUAUUUGUUAAUAUAUCCACAAAAGCCAUUAGUAAAAUCUAAAACUAUUGAAUUUAUUAAUUUUGAAAAACUACCAGCUGGGCAAAAUGCAAUUGUAUCAGUUAUGAGUUUUUGUGGAUAUGAUAUUGAAGAUGCAAUUGUGAUGAACAAAUCAUCAAUAGAUCGAGGAUUUGGUAGAUGCAUGUCUUUAAGAAAACAUUUUAUAGAAUUAAAAAAAUAUUUCAAUGGCUCCAAUGAUAUAGUUCUCCCUUCUCCUCUUUCAAUAAGCAAACAACAACAAAUGCAAAAAAAAUCUGGUAAAGAAUCAAAUGACAACUUAGCAAAUACAAAAGAAGAUCCUAGAAAAUCUAUAAAUAGCGAAUUAAAAAAAUAUCAUUCAUUAGAUGCAGAUGGAGUUGCAUCUAUAGGUUAUUUAUUAAAAGAGGGUCAAGUAUAUGUGAAUAAAUAUUCACCAAUAAAUGUAAAAGAUCAUGUAAAAGAUAUGAGCAAAUUAGAUUUAAAUGAUUUUAAAUUAAGUGAAGUAAAAUACAAAAGUGUUUACCCUUCCUAUGUUGAUAAAAUCAUAUUUACAGAAAAUGGAGAAGGCUUAAAAAUAUAUAAAAUUAUUAUGAGACAAUCUAGGUUACCAGAAUUAGGUGAUAAAUUUAGUUCGAGACAUGGACAAAAGGGUGUUGUUGGAUUGUUGGUAAAUCAAGAAGAUAUGCCAUUUACUGAAUCAGGAAUAUGUCCUGAUUUAAUUAUGAACCCUCAUGGAUUUCCAUCACGUAUGACAGUAGGUAAACUUCUUGAACUUGUUGCAUCUAAAUCUGCUGUUUUAGAUGGGGAAUAUAAAUAUGGAUCAAUUUUUAGUGGAACUUCAUUUGAAGAAGCAGCUGAGGUUUUAUUUAGAUAUGGUUUUAAUUGGUCAUGCAAAGAAUUAUUAUAUUCAGGAUUAACAGGAGAACCAUUAGAAACAUAUAUUUUUAUGGGUCCGAUAUAUUAUCAGAAAUUAAAACAUAUGGUUCAAGAUAAAAUUCAUGCUAGGUCUCGAGGGCCUAGGCAAUUAUUAACACGCCAACCAACUGAAGGUCGAUCAAAAGAAGGAGGAUUGAGACUUGGUGAAAUGGAAAGAGAUUGCUUAAUUGCAUAUGGUGUUAGUAACUUAUUACUUGAAAGACUUAUGUUAAGUAGUGAUGUUUGUGAUGCUUAUAUUUGUGAGGAUUGUGGAAUGAUGGGUUAUGAUUUAUGUUGUACAUUUUGUAAAAAAUAUGACAAAAAUGUUGUUGUCAAAAUGCCAUAUGCCUGUAAACUUCUUUUCCAAGAGUUGCAGACUAUGAAUGUAUUCCCUAAAAUUAUUGUAAAGGAAACAUAA